UUUGAACUUUUUGAUACUCGAUUCUCCUUCCUACUCUGCCUUAGGGUCGCCCUACAUGCAGCGAUUCUAAUCCCAUACUAACAACAACGCUCUACCCAUGCAUACUUCCAUUCUAGAUAGCCAAAAGCCUACCAGCAAUUGGCCGUCAUGGCCACAGGUGGGUUUGUGGACGGAUGCUGUGGCUUAUAAACAAUGAUUUUUUUCUCUCAUGGAGUUAUUCUGACGAAUCUGGUUCGAGCUUUUCCUAGCAUUACCACUUGAUAAGUAGUGAGAGAUAAUCUCUACUUAGCAUACGGGUAUUAUUUGCCUCCCUCCUCGUUCCUGACGAUCUCUACUCUUUCCUCUCACACUCAGGUGCCUAUCUAAAGGACGAGUUCACUGCCACAUAUAAAACGUUCCGACCCUUUCAUACCCCGCGUGGCUUUUGUUUUCCCUGCCUGAUAGAACAUCAACUUGAGAUCAAUACUAACCUCAAGGAUCUUCAAGUCCCUCGUUUUAUAUUUUUUCUUUCGUAACUCACUCAGUGAUUCGGUCUUCUAUAGCUCGACAGAGACACUGAUAAGCACGCAACUCGCACAUAUUUGAACUAUUCGGGUUCUUGGCACCGGAACAAUUUCACACCUUCUCUGUACUAUAUUGCUUGUCCUUACUGGUUGACGGCAUCCGAAAACCCUACCAUUUCCAUACUCUUCCUCGCCUUGGAUUGGGACAGCUGCUUUAAGUUCUAUCAAGCCCUACCGAACCAGCCACGAUUAGACCCUUGCUUUCGCCUCCUCCACACGACUCAACCAUUGAUUAAUCUCAGAGUACUACACCACACUCACUACAAACUUUAUAUCGGCUUUAAGUUCACCUGUUUUUGGAUCGGUCUCGAAGUGCUAUUACAGAAACCGAGUUACAUUUGAAAUUCACUGUAAUCCAAUUUUUUUUACGUCGACCCCUCUACUUCAGCGAACCACUACUCUAAAUCGCUCUUUUGUCUAUCCACUGCAUCAACUUAAACACUUGCUCUGCAUUUAAGUAGUGACUGGCACGUGGGAACCUUCUGACUGCCUGUCAAUACUGACUCAGAACAGAUAACUCCUCAGUAAAGCAAUCAUCCAGAAAUCCAUGGGAGACUCAUCAGUCGUCGGAUCCAAAUCAAACGAUGGCGGAUUCCCAGAUACUUUACAGGUUUCGGGGCAAAAUUCUGUGCAGAAUUUAGAAACGGAUAGCUCAAGAAAAGGUUCAAACAGACCUCCGCACUUGCCCAGUACAUCUUCAAAUUAUCCUCCGAGCGUGGCAUACUCUCAGCUUCCCAUGUCGCAUGCAACUCCGGAAUCUUUCAAUAUGACAGCACUCGGUGCUACCUUGCCAGAUAUGUCCUACCAGCACUUUGGCCAACGGUUUCCUCAAAGCCCUGGCGCCCCUCCACAUUUCAUGUAUCAGACGCAGUUCGCAAAUCAAGGCAUCAUGAGCCCUCCGCCCACCGCUGCAACGUAUAACGCGCCAUACCAGACACAAUAUGGAAUCUAUCCUUCAAACCAACAAAUGCAACAACAGCAUAUGCAUAUGGCCCCAAACAAUGCUCAGUUUUACGUCGGCCAGGGAUAUAUGGGACAACCACAGCAACAAGCAGGAUCGCAAUAUUAUAUACAACCUGGCACUUUUGGACAGCAAGGUCAAAAUUAUACAGGAAAUCAAAUGGGAUCACAAUACCCACAACGUGGUAGCUUCUCUGGAGACAGUCGACCUUUCUCACAACAACGCAAUGAUCUGUUUGUUAAUGUGACAGGCCAAGCUGGAAGAUCAAAUAGUGUUGGUAAGCUAUACGCCUUGUAGAAAGGUAUUUGAAAGUAGAAGCUAAGAAGUCAUAGCAUCUAGUCCAACACAAUCAACGGUCGUCAGAGGACCUCCACGAAAACCUCGUCAGAGUGGUAUGUUCAAACUGGACUUUAAUUUAACUUUCAUUGAAUUUAAUCGGCAGAGCUAACAAGUUGCGCUAGGGCACGCGAUCGUAAGCAUAAUUGGUUCCUUCAUUCUAUACAACGUUCACAAUUUACAUUUCCAUGUUUUGCCUUUUAGGUUCUUCUUUGAAAAAGCUUUUUUCCCUGGGUUACUCUAAAGACUCCUUUUUUAUUGCGAUCGCUGACCUUCCCGUGCUUUAGUGGAUUGGUAAUUUGCCACCGCAGACAGAUCUCAUGAGUCUCGUACUUCAUGUUUGCAAAGAGACUGUUGGUCUUGAGUCGCUAUUCUUGAUCUCCAAGAGUAACUGCGCCUUUGCGAAUUUCAAGGACGAGGCUGCAUGUGUCGCAGCACAACUUAAGAUUCAUGAUUCGAGAUUUCAAACUGUACGCCUGGUUAGCCGACUACGCAAGGCAUCACUUGGGACUGUAGGAGGUGUCUCUGUUCCUACAGGCCCAGCAGCUUUAACACCUCCACAGCCAUCACAAAACCCAUCGCCAGUCUCAGAAAAUGAAAAGGCGUCGAAAGAGGCUGUUGAAAAGCAACAGAUGCCGGAUGGAGAGUCUUCGCCGCUUUCGAAGGACAAAUAUUUUGUGGUAAAGAGUCUCACGGUAGAGGACUUAGAAUUAAGUGUGCGCAACGGGAUUUGGGCUACACAAACACAUAAUGAAGAAGCUUUGAAUGAGGCAUACCAGGUAGGUGUAAGCUGAAAUUUAAUCAGGUCCGUACUAACAGAUGGUGAUAGACAGCAGAUAAUGUCUACCUAAUAUUUUCUGCCAAUAAAUCAGGAGAAUAUUUCGGAUACGCACGUAUGAUAUCACCAAUCAAUAAUGAUCCAGCUGCCGCCAUUGAAUUCGCGCCCAAGGCUCAAACGGUUGAGGAUCCUGAUCUCCCAAAAGCAAUCCCGACACCAGCUUCGGAAUUCGCACCUAAAGGACGCAUUAUUGACGAUUCAGCACGUGGAACUAUUUUCUGGGAAAUCGAGCGCGACGAGCCAGAAGAUGUAGAUGAAGACGAUAAAUCUCAAAGUGGCAAGAGUGAUGUUGACGGUGAUGCACCUUCAAAGGCUUGGGGUAAACCUUUCAAGCUGGAAUGGAUAUCGACAACUCGAUUACCAUUCUAUCGUACGCGCGGACUUCGUAAUCCGUGGAACUCAAAUCGCGAAGUCAAGAUUGCAAGGGAUGGUACUGAGUUGGAAACGAGUAUUGGGAAAAGAUUAGUGGGACUUUUUCAUAGGGUUCAAAGUCCUGUGGCGCCUAAUUUGCCUCAGAUGCAGGGCAUGGGAAUGCCUAUUCAAAUGAUGCCUCUAGGUGGAUAUCCACAGAUGCGUCCAUAUAAUUAAGGUUUUCGAAAAGGAUAUUGAUGUGGAUAUCAGAUGGAAAGGCACGGGGAAAAGUUUCUUCUUACUUUUUAUUUCAUUUUUUGAGUUGGCUUGGAUAUUAUUUCUUAUUGUAUGAUGUAUUCCGGAUAAUUCACGUUAAAAUUAACAUUCUCGAGGGGACAUAUUUUGAAGGAUUGGAAGAUUUUGGAUUGAUGCGAAUCAUAUAUUACAAUGACUUUUACGAGUCACGACUAUCACAAAUUACAUCCAUGAGAUGGGGUUGAGCGGAGGUUGAGCGGAGGUUGAGCGGGAGUUGGGUGGAGGUUUAGCUGGAGGUUGAGGUUGAAUUUUCAGAAAAGAGGUGAAAUUUUCUUGCUGGUCGUGAGUGUAUGAGCAAGGAAGUGUUGUGGUCAUGGUUUCGAUUUUGAUUUGAUCUGAUCUGCGAUUUCGGUGCAUGUCUCCCUGUCUGUCUAUUUGCAUGCAUACAUGUAUGCAUGGUGGCUAUGUUAUGUUAUGUUAUACCAGUCAUUCCUGUCAAGUACCUUAGUCACUUAUCUAAAUCGUCAUCUUAUUAGAUGAAA